AGCAGUGUGUUUAAUGUCAUUAUAUCAAAACAAGUUUUAUUUAAAGAUCAAAAUGCAUCUCACAUUCUGUUUCUGUGCGUGCGUAAGUGCGCGCCUUUGAUAGCGACAUCACUGAUGGGAUUGGCUCUCUCUGAUCAUGGGGUGGAGAGUCUAUAAGCAAAAGAGAAAUGUGGGAAGAGAGUGAGACACAGAGGAAAAUAGUUUUCCUCCAGCCGCGGACGCCAGCGCGCACAAAACCACCUUCACUCACGGAGAACCACGCCCCGGGGGCGCAGGAGGCUGGAAGCUUCCCCUGUUGCUUAAACUCCAGCUGUGGAAGGAGGAAUGGACUCCGAAGAGGAGUCUUAGGACAUUUGUAGCCAAGAUGAAGUUCGGAAAGAGCAUCUGCGUACUCAAUGUUGGGGGAACCCGGUACGCCUUCACUCGUGAGGUGAUCAAGGAUUUCCCUCUCCGGCGCGUCAGCCGCUUGCAUGCAUGCGCAACCGAGAAAGAGGUCUUAGAACUGUGUGAUGACUAUGACCGAGACCGGAAUGAGUUUUUCUUCGACCGCCACGCACAGGCUUUUGUCUUCAUCAUGUUGUACGUUCGCUCCGGCAAACUCCGAUUUGUUCCUGGAGUGUGUGAGCUGUCCUUCUACUCAGAAAUGCUUUACUGGGGGUUGGAGAGCGUGCACCUGGACUCCUGCUGUCAGAAACGCCUGGAUGACAGGAUGUCUGACAUAGGACUGGACACUCUUUCGGAAGGGGACAUAGUGUUGUCAGGGGACGAGCCUGAGACCCCAGACGAGUCCGUACAACGCAUUGCGCUCACCGGACGCGCCAAGUGGCUCGAGAAGAUGCGCAAAACAGUUGAGGAGCCCAACUCCUCUAUUGCAGCGCAGCUUUUAGCUUCAGUUUCUGUGAUUUUCGUGAUCAUUUCCAUGAUAAUGCUGUGUGCCAGCACGCUACCGGAUUGGGAUACAGCCAAGAGGAAUACAGUAGAGGAACACAGGAUAGUGGAGGCAGUGUGCAUUGGCUGGUUCACUGCAGAGUGCAUUCUGCGCUUUCUGUUGGCCAGAGACAAGUGGGACUUCAUCCGCCAUCCACUGAACAUCAUUGAUGUGAUUGCCAUUACCCCCUACUAUGUCACCAUAGCAAUGGCCCGUGCAGGGAUGCCGGGUGCUGGGCUCGGGGUCGCUGGAGUGAUACUUCGCGUGUUGAGGAUGAUGCGAGUGUUCUGGCUCAUGAAGUUGGCCAGACAUUUCCUGGGUCUGCAGACUCUGGGGCUGACGCUCAGGCGAUGCUACAGGGAGAUGGUCAUGCUGCUGGUGUUUGUAUGUGUUGCCAUGGCAAUAUAUAGCGCUCUGGCACAGUUGCUAGAGCAUGGCUUGGACUUGGGAGCCCAGAACCAGGAUUAUGCCAGCAUUCCAGCCGCCGCCUGGUGGGUCAUCAUCUCCAUGACAACAGUCGGAUACGGAGAUGUUUACCCUAUAACAAUUGGCGGAAGGGUCCUUGGGGGAAUGUGCGUCGUCAGUGGUAUUGUACUCCUGGCACUGCCCAUCACAUUCAUCUACCACAGUUUUGUCCAGUGCUACCACGAACUCAGACUGCGUUCUGCCAGAUAUGCAAGAAGCCUUUCUACAGAGAUGCUACAAUGAUCGAGCGUUUGUGCAGCAAGCUUCCGCUUCCAUCAGAAAACUGACAAGCUGUUGCAAAAACAUCACAAACUUCCCUGCUUUCCCCUUUUCCCCAUGUGUACUUCCUGUCAGUAUAUUGACAUCCAAUAAUUGUUUGCGUGAAGUGCUGCUAUCUCUCUAGGGAACUCAUGUGAACAUAACACUCAUAAUUAUUUAUUAUAGACACACAGGAGCAAUCCGUCCAGUUUAGACAGUGUCUGUUGUUUACACUGUAUUCCCAUGGUUACAAUUCCAUCCACUGUAAGGUGUGCACUCAUGUUUGCCUGGCUUUCAGCCUUUACUUUGUUCCAAGAGCUACAUUAGGAUUGUGCAAGUUACACAAGAUUGAAAUGUGACCUAGAUGCAUCCUGUUAAAUAUGUGAAAUAAAAAGCUGGAAGAAACAAG